GUACUUUCACCUCACUCCCUCAGCUUCCUCUCACUUGAGACGGAACUUCGUUCUCUCCGUACACUCCCUUUCUUUGAUCUUUCUUAGCUGAGUUUCUGCUUUUGAUGGUUCGAGCCGAUUUGAGCAGGUUUAUGAGAGAUCGGAUCUCGAUUUCGCUCUCGGAUUCAAGCAUUUCCAUCCUCAAAUGACGAUAGCUGAAUCCUGUGCGUCACUUUAGGGCUUUCGCUUCUGUUCCCACUUCAUGGCCAUGAGAGGCGUCGAUUUCAAGUGGUAUGACGGGUUCUUCUUGUCCAUGCUCGCGACUAGUGUAGUAAUUGUUGCGAUUAAUUGGAAGCGGUACCAUUCUUGUACAUUCCCGUUGCAUAUAUGGAUUGUGGUUGAUUACACCACAGUGUUUGUUUUUCGCCUGUUGAUGUUUGUAGAUAAUGGAUUUGCUGCUGGAAUGGGUUUGGACUUUGGGUGGCAACAGAGAUAUGCUCGUUUCUGUGGAAGAGUAGUGGUGCUUUCAAUUCUGUCUCUGCUACUUUAUCCAUUCCUCUGGGCUUGGACUGUAAUCGGUACCCUAUGGUUCAGAAGUGCAAAAGAUUGUUUGCCUGAAGAAGGUCAGAAAUGGGGUUUCCUUAUUUGGUUGCUUUUUAGCUACUGUGGACUUUUUUGCAUUGCUUGCAUGUCAUUGGGGAAGUGGUUGACACGAAGACAGGCGCAGCACCUACUACAUGCUCAACAGGGGAUUCCUCUAUCCGAAUAUGGGGUUCUGGUGGACAUGAUCCGUGUACCAGAUUGGGCAUUCGAAGCUGCUGGUCAGGAAACAAGAGGCAUGGGCCAAGAUGCUGCUGCAUACCAUCCUGGACUUUACUUGACUCCAGCACAGAGAGAAGCAGUGGAAGCACUUAUUCAGGAACUUCCAAAGUUCAGGCUAAAGGCUGUUCCAACAGAUUGCAGUGAAUGUCCCAUUUGCUUAGAAGAGUUCCAUGUAGGGAAUGAGGUUCGUGGCCUGCCAUGUGCUCACAAUUUCCAUGUAGAAUGUAUUGACGAGUGGCUUCGACUGAAUGUGAAAUGUCCUCGGUGCCGUUGCUCAGUUUUCCCUAAUCUUGACCUUAGUGCUUUAUCCAAUCUUCGUGCUGAUACCGAACGGACAUCUGCCAGUGUCGUGACAACUAAUAGAUAUGUAAGAGAACCUUCCAGCCAGAGCUAUCUGUUGAGAUUGCAGGGUCUUCUCCGUCCAGUGCGGACAGGAAAUGCAGGGGCAGCUUAUGAUGAUGAUACUUCUUUGGAAACUGUAGAGAAUGGGGGAUUGGCUGUAACGACUCUGGACCCAUCAAGCCCCGAGCCAGCCCCCUCAGUCGAAGGAAUGGUUGUUGGUCAGUCCACCCCACCACAGCACUAAGACCGUUCCUUUAUUCUUCUAUUUUUCCCAAAUUUUUACUGAAUUUCCUAACCCUGUGCUAAGACAAGCUAAAUGAUACUUGUCCAUAUGUGGCCAUCACUUAGUAAGGUCUAGUAAUGGUUUGUCAUUGUAAUGAAGAAACGUUUUUUGAUUGAUCCAAGUAUAUGGACUCAAUGGACAUAAAAACUGUAUACAAUACUUUUUUUUUUUUUUU